UACAAGCUAGAAAACUUAAGAAAUCAGAACAAAUGUUAAUGCUCUGAAUUUCAAGACAAACCAGAAGCUGAUGUAUAAAGUGUUUCACUGACUCCUCCAGAGCCAAACAUAGAGAAAAAAGCUUUGCUUGGUAUAUAUUGAUACAUUCUCAAAACUUUAACUGAUAAAAUAAGUGACUCAUUUUUAUUAAUCUUUAUUCCUCCCAUCGUCUUACAUUUAAUCUAUGGAUAUUAAUGAGACCUAUAAUUCUUUGCAUGCAUGACCUUUUGACAGAGUCAUGGAAUCUGGUUUCAUGUGGAUGCUGCAUAUGCUGGAAGUGCUUGUAUAUGCCCUGAAUUUCGCCAUUAUAUUGAUGGUGUUGAAGAAGCUGACUCAUUUAACAUGAACGCUCAUAAAUGGUUUCUAACUAACUUUGAUUGUUCAGCGCUCUGGGUUAAGGAUCGAAAUGCGCUGAUUCAGUCACUGUCAACAAAUCCUGAGUUUCUUAAAAACAAGGCUUCUGAAGGAAAUAUGGUUGUGGAUUACAAAGAUUGGCAAAUUCCUCUUGGACGCAGGUUCAGAUCAUUGAAAUUAUGGAUGGUAUUACGACUAUAUGGUUUGGAAAAUCUGCAGUCUUACAUAAGAAACCACAUUGAAUUGGCUAAACAGUUUGAAGAACUUGUUGCUCAAGACCCGCGAUUUGAGGUUUUUGCCCCCAGGAAGUUUUCUUUGGUUUGCUUUCGCCUUGUGCCUCCUCAUAAUGAUAAAGAUUGUGCCAACAAACUGAACCACGACCUAUUGGAUGCUGUUAACUCAACUGGAAAAAUCUUCAUUUCCCACACAGUUUUAUCUGGCACAUACGUACUACGAGUAGCAGUAGGAGCUCCAUUGACAGAAAAGAGGCAUGUAAUUGCAGCGUGGAAGGUUUUGCAAGAUGAGGCCUCUGCCUUGUUAUGUUGUGGUUAGAACAAGUAACGCAAAAUUAUCCAUUUAUUAAUUGCAUCGUUCACUUUUCAUUUGAGAUGCCGAUUCAUUAUAUAGCAGUUGUUUGAUAAUCGUAGUCUGUGGUAACUUGGGCAUCGGCUGUUGGCUGUUGCUCCUAUCCUUUUACUCAAAACACAUUUCAUUUGUUGGUAUUACAUCUGGCUAAGGGCAACUGUGAGAAAAUAAUUUUUAUUGUAUGCAUACAUUGCAGUAUUUA